UGGCGGUUCAGGGGCUGAAGAGAUAAGAAUAAUAGGGGUAAUAGAUAAGACGCUCGGACCAUAUUAUGUCAUGCUUUCUGCUGACCUACCUCGUACCUGCGUACCAAUUUAGGGUUAUUACUAAGCAUAGCAGCCAAUAUAGUGGGGCGAGUAAGGUGAUGUCUGAUUUUAGCUGAUUCAAACACGGUGCCAGAAAGAUCUUCUUUCAACUGUGAGCGUACUAUCCUCGAUCACCAAUCUUCCUAUUUCAUUCUCGGACAAUAAAAGCCCCAUUCCGGUGGAUCUUGCGAUUGAUCCAUAAUAUGAUACGCUCGAUAUGAGUUCACGGGCAUUCCGCGGCGGCGCUCAUGCUUCCCGCAGCUGUCCGAGCUUGAGUUCGAGACUGAGCCUAGGCAGGAAUUCGUUUUCUAGUGGCUUCACAACAACUACAAGAAAUCCGGCGAAUGCAGCUCCAUAUGGAUGGACAAGGUGCUUGUAUAGCAUACGUACAAACCAUCUGGGGCCUCCAAAUGCUGCUCUGAAUGUGACUGGAGAGGAUCCAAGGGACAGUGUGAGGGGAUGGUCAUGCUCACAAUUCGACGUGGCUGCAAAAGGUAGUUCUAGAGCUUCUAUCUGGCGUGGAUCUGGGGCCAGGAGGUGCUUUUCCCAAUACAACAGGUCUUUCCAAGAGAAGAAUGAGACUAAGAGUAAGGAUCAGAUUUCUUCUCAGCCGGCACAGUCAGGGCCACCAUCUACUACUAAGCCUCGAGGGAUCCGAAAUGUGAUCCCUAAGGUAAUACCUGCGUUGACGAUCCAUGAGAACAUAUACACAGUGCCCAACCUGUUGACGUUUUCGCGCCUCAUAGCCGCACCUUUCGUCGGUUACGCUAUCCUCCACGACGCCAACGCGUGGGCUCUGGGUCUAUUUGCUUACGCGGGAGUCUCGGACCUGCUUGAUGGCUGGAUCGCUCGCCGAUGGAAACUUCAGACUGUUGUCGGAAGCGUGGUCGAUCCGAUGGCGGACAAGAUGCUCAUGACAAUCUUGACCGUGUGCCUGGCUUACAAGGGUGCACUACCGGUUUGGCUUGCCUUUAUAAUCCUCGGGCGCGAUGUCGGUCUGGCUAUUUCAGCUAUAUACUACCGAUGGAUAUCUCUCCCGCCGCCGAAGACUUUCACGCGGUAUUGGGACUUCUCUCUACCGUCGGCGGAAGUGAAACCUACAACCAUCAGCAAGUACAACACAUUCUUGCAACUAGGGCUGAUGGGGACCACCAUGGUGACGCCGUUUGUUACCGCGGAUGUUAGCUUGGCCAUGACGGUGUUCCAGUAUUUGGUAGCUACGACGACUGUUUGGAGCGGUCUGAGCUACGUGUUUAGCAAAGAUGCUGUCAGGAUCCUGUCCCAGAAGGAUAAGCCUAAAGGUCAAUAGUGUUUUAAAUAAAUUAUGCGCAACACCACCUAGUUCCAAACGUCACAGAAAAAAUAGAUAAAUGGGAGUUGAGGUCAGCACAUGAUCAACAUGUGGCUUUGUAUAUUACGGGGUUUUAAGGCAGUUAGGAAAAAUACAUUACCAGUGUUUACUUCUUUCAGCUCAACAUACCUAAGCACUUUUUGAUAGGUUCACAUUGAAUGAACGUCAAAAUAAACAGUUUCUUGAAG